UUAACCUGCAAAAUCGUAUGCUGCAUUUUACUAAUACCUUCUACAGGUUAUGUUGUAACAGUGCAGAAAGUGAUUUAUUUUAGACGUAAAAAGUAGUUAUACUUUGACCUGUCUUAUCACUUGCUUGUUUCAACUUUAUGUACAGUAACUGGGUAAAAUCUAACAAGUAUUUAGCUGUAUGAAUUAACUUCAUGGAUUAUGUCUGCUGUGGCAGCACAAUUAUUUGUCAGCAGAAUUUAUUUUCACAGCCUGCUCUUAUCAGAAGACAGCCGUGAUUACUAAGCUAAAUUGGUAUGUGAAACCAUAUGGUGUUUUGGAGCUGCUUGGUUACUGUGGAGGAUAAAUAGCUCUUGACCCUAAACAGGAUCUUUUUAAGAAAAAAAAAAAACCAACAGUGUCCAUAUGCCUUAUAAGGCAUGGGCAGGCUUACUCCAGUGCUGAAGAAGGGGCGGUAACGGGCUCAUGCUGCUGAGUUUUCUCAGGCAGCGGUCGCAGGCGACUGAAGAAGUUGUGCUGAAAUUGUGAACGCUUUGUCCCCGACGCUUAGCGCUGAAACUCAGUGAAGAGAGGAAGCAGCAGGUGAAAUUAAAAAAAAAAAAAAAGCCACCACUUGAUCAUGGGAAAAUCAGCUUCCAAACAAUUUGCUGAAGAAGUCUUGAAAGCACACAAUGACUACAGGAAGAAACACGGAGUCCCCCCAUUAAAACUCUGCAAGAAGUUAAACAGAGGAGCCCAACAGUAUGCAGAAGAACUGGCUACCACCAGAGUCCUCAAACACAGCUCCGAGUCUGCUAAUGGGAAAUGUGGAGAAAACCUAGCGUGGGCAUCCUAUGACCAACCAGGAAAGGAUGUGGCUGACAGAUGGUACAGUGAAAUAAAAAAUUACAGCUUUCAAAACCCAGGGUUUUCUUCUGGGACAGGUCACUUCACAGCAAUGGUGUGGAAGAACACAAAAAAGAUGGGAGUCGGAAAAGCAUCUGCUAGUGAUGGCUCAACAUUUGUGGUAGCUAGAUAUGAUCCAGCUGGAAAUGUAGUAAAUCCAGGCUAUUAUGAAGAAAAUGUCCUUCCUCCAAGAAAAUAACUUUUUUUUUUUUUUAAGGUAGUCUUAUUGCUUAAUGACAAGUGAACCUGGGUUUGGACUUAACAGUGUUUGAUAUGAAGUAUGAUUCAGUGAAAUUUCCUGUUUGAUACUACAGUUCACUUCUCAUUACAGAGGAAGCAAUUACAUGUUGCUUGAACCAAUCUGCACUAGGUCCCUGUUGUUUCUGAGGGGGCCUCAGUUUAUUUGAGGAUGAAGUAUAUGCAGCAUUUCUGAAGGGUAAGAUUUAAAAGGAUUUUUCUUAAUAGUUUGCAUGAACUCCGUGUCAGUAUGUGAGUAAGCACAUGUUGGAUGUCUCUUUUUGAAUGAGCAGAUUUAUAGCUUUCUGUAAACUGAAGAUACCAGCUUGUAAUUAUAUCACAUACUCCCAGCGUUCCAGUAUUUUUUAAUAACUGUAACUUCUUUGCUCUAUCUAUACCUCCUGCUACUGUGGGACCUGCUCUCUGCAGAGGGAACAUAUGCAAAACUUCUUGUAUGAACCAUACAUGUGUAAAAUGCAGUGGCAUUCAGACUUCAAUGUUUUUAUUAAAAGGAUCUCACAGAACACUAAAAUAUUGCUGGCAAAAUUGUGUCCAUCAAGCAAGCUAUAACUAAUACGUGACCUGAAAGUUACUAAAAAUUUUUAAAUCCUAGUGUUACAUUUUAGGUGCUAAUAUUUAAAGUCUAUUGGAGAUGAGUGUAUUUCAAGUUGAAUCCCCAUUUUACAGUUUACAGUUUGUACAUUGUCUUAUAAUAAAAUUGUUUACUUCUGUUACAGGAAAGCAAGAUACUGCCUUUUCCCUUAGAUACUUAUGCACAAAGAAAGUUGGAUAUUAUUUCUCAAUAACUUAUUUUUCUUUCCUAGGGAAAAUCUUCUGCAGGCAUCAUGCUAUACAGACAAAAACAUUUCUUGUCUCCUUUCUUGUCUCCUUCCAUAAUGUUAUAGUAGGAGGUAUUCACAUGGUCAUAAUUAAGAGAUGUUUACUCUUUGUUCAUGUCAUUCAAUAAUAGUAAAAAUAUUCAAUGUAAUGGAUUGAUGCCUUAGAAAAAUUCAGAUUGAAUUUCCUUAAAAGCAAGCAAAACUUCUGAGCACGCUUUUUUCUCUUACGGAAUGUGGAUUGGUCCAUUUUGGCCAGGUUCAUAUACUGUGCUUCAGUUUGGGGUUUUCUUUUCUUUGUAAAUGUUUCUUUUGACUUCUGCUGAGAUUCUGUAUGCCAGAAAUUUGUUCAUGAAGAGUGCCAUUAUAGAAAUACUUAUUUUUGUUUACACAGUUGUAAUAAACUGCACUGUUACAGCUUGAUUAUAUGCCACUGUGAUGCUGUAUGUUACAAUCUUUUUGCUGUAGCCAAGAACUUAACACGUAUAAUGGACAUCUGAAAAGUAAAUAUUUUUGACUAUGAACUACUUAA